UAUUUUUUCUACUUUUAAUUUUUAUUUUUUCUAUUUUUUCUCUUUUCUCUUUUUCUAUUUUUAUUUCUAUUUUAUUUUUUUAUGUUGGGGGGGGCAGAAGGUGAUCUCGCCUAGGGCGCAAAAAACCCUAGCACCGGCCCUGCUUAGAAUACCUGUUAGCUUUUCGGUAAGAAGGAGAGGGUAGGACUCAGCGAAUACUAUUGAGGUUCUCCUAAAAUGUUUGUGGGAAUUAAUGUUUUGUGGUUUCAUUUAUCUGAUUGCUUUGUGUGGUUUAUUUUGAGCACUCUGAUAGAGGGGAGGAAGACAGCCAACCACACAAAGCAUUUCCCCUCCCAGUUGGCAAAGCUUAUUUGACAUUAGCAUGAAACCCAGUAAGGUGGAAGGCUAGCCCAAUAGAUUCAGCAGGCGUCAGAGAAGACCUUUAAACACUUGCUGAAAAGUUUUCUAUUCAGGGAAAUUAAGAAAAUCAGUUUCCGUAGUAGCUGGUCUGUAAUUUUAAAUCUUUAUGUGGUUUUUAUUGUGCAUGGAUGAAAACUGCUUUGAUAUUUUGUUUUAUGAGAUUGCAGCAUACAAGUAUUUUUUAUAAAUAAAAUAAAUACACUGAGUAGAGAUGGCGAGCUUUGGUGACAGUAACAUGCAAAAUGCACUGUUAGAGAAAAUGGAUUGAAAAAUUGACUGUUAGGGGAAAUGUACACUAAAAUGCUAGCAAAUUUUACGAGGGCUUUAAAAAAAAUUGCAAACUGCAAUUAAAAUUGCAAACUGAUGAGGAAAUUUGUUGAAGUGAAUGUAAGAUUGGGGAAAUGAAAAACUGAGGGAUUUACAGAUCCAUCUAUUCCUAACACUGAUAACAGACUACGUGGAACAUCUGUGAGGACUGGAAUAAACUCAGAAUCUAGCCUGUUGCCCCUGUGUUUGUGACCUGCUGUGGAUUUAAAGCUACACUAGAUAAUGUGAUGUAAUUAAACUUUUGGAAGCAGAACACCAGGUAGUUUAGUUACAUAAGCAGUAUAUUCAGAGAGGUUUUCAGACAGUAUUAACUUUCUUUUCAUCCCCCAGCAUGCAUGCAUGCAUAAAAAUAAAAGUUGCUUAGCUACGGUGCUGGAAAACUUCCUCAAAUCUACAGCAACUGCAAGUAAGGAUACUAAAACAGGACUCCGCAUUGAAGAAGUGAAAAAUGGCUAGCUGGAUUUGCUGGGGUCCAGGCUGAAGAAAAACCCCAGCUGCUUUUGAUGUCUGCAUCAAGGGUAUCUGUUAUUCGACAACCUUAUGCAAGGAAGUUUCCCUUUAAAAAAAAAGUCAUUGAUGCUUACAAAUUUAAAAUAUUUACUUCAAACCUCGGCAGCUGCAUGGCGCUAUAAUAGCUUCCAGUGGAUGGGCAUAGCUCUACUCUAAUUCACAAAAUAGCAGAACUCCGAUCUGAGUCACGUGUAAUAUAGACAGCUUGUUAAAAGGUAGUAGAAAAAUCCUGCUUUCUGCUUGUACAGUCGUACAGUGGUACCUUGGGUUACAGACACUUCAGGCUACAGACUCUGCUAACCCAGAAGUAGUACCUCAUGUUAAGAACUUUACCUCAGGAUGAGAGCAGAAAUCGCCUGCCGGCGGUGCAGCAACAGCGGGAGGCCCCAUUAGCUAAAGUGGUACCUCAGGUUAAGAAUGGACCACUGGAACGAAUUAAGUUCGUAACCAGAGGUACCACUAUACUACGUUUGUGUCAGGGGGUUGUUGCGGCUACUCUCGAGUAAAGACGCUCCAGUCCGCUCGGUCUUUCAGAGUUUUAUUGUGCAUAUUAUUUACAGUGCAGAGAUAUCAGAAAACAUGACUGCCUAGUCCGAUUCAGAACCCGGCAAUGGCUCCCGUCGCGUCUUGGACCAGCAUAAAAGCCUGGGCACCCCAAAGCGCCUCCCCCUAUCCCCGCGUGUGGGCGCGCGCCUCAUUUUGGGCGCCGGAAGGGGCUGCAUUCCUUCUCCCAUCCUUUGGCUGGAGCUUUGCGGAGGCUCCGGCACCUCGCUGUGCUGUCCUUCCUCCUCUGGCCAGCUGGGUCGGUGCCUAGGCUCUGACACGUCUGAGAGCCCACCCUGCUCCAUUCCUCAAUCCCUCCUCCUGGCCCGCUGCUAGUGCUGUCACUGGGCGAAGUGCUGGUCAGGAUGACUGGGGGAGGGUCCCUGUAAGGAGCCCCCCCCCCUGACAGUUUGUUUUCAAACGGCUUAGUUCUUGAACGUUUUGGCUCCCGAGCGCCGCAAACCCAGAAGUGAGUGUUCCGGUUUGCGAACUAUUUUUGGAAGCUGAAAGUCCGGUGGGGCUUCCGCAGCUUCCGAUCGGAAGCUGUGCUUUGGUUUCCGAACAUUUUGGAAGUCAAACGGACUUCCGGAACGGAUUCAGUUCGACUUCCGAGGUACAACUGUACUGCUCCGGACCUCACACUCCAGCCAUGGUCUCUGCACCAUUCUCAACACUGUGGCUCAUAUCUGAAUGUUGCUGUGUGCAGCGCAUGUCCAAACUAACUUAGGGAGCAAGCUCAUUAUGAUAUGCCAAGCAGGCUCAAACUAGGCUUAUUAAGAAUACAAGAAGCUACCUUUUUUUGAGAAAAGGAGAGGAUUACCCUUCUCCUUGUCUCUUCUCCUGUGUAAUACCUUCCUGUACCUUUUGUUUUGUGAACUCAGCCACAUGUCCUUGGGUGGUGGCCCCUUGCUCCUACUGUUACGAAGAUUGUUGUGUCGAGGGGAGUGUACUGCCCUGACUCAUUUAUUUCCCUCCUUGCAUUCAGACAAAGUUCUCAGAUCUGUUGCGAAAAUAAAGAAAUACUGGCAUGGAUCCAAGAGUUCUGUAUUCUCAGUAGAUCUGGUAGUUAGUACUUGCAUGUUGAGUUGAGGAGACAGAUCCUGCUUAUCAGGGUUCGAAAUUAGCAGGCACAUUUCACACCUGAAGAUUCUCCAUUUGCGAGCACCUCAAAAAGUCUGGGUGCCAUUUUUUCUGUGCUUGGCUGACACUCAAGGUUUACUGAAAUGUAUGUGCUUUGAAGCCUCAAAGUACAGUUGUGCUUUGAAGCCUCAAAGUACAGUUGUACCUUGAUUCUUGAAUGCCUUGGUACUCGUGCAUUUUGGCUCCCAAAUGCCAAAAACUCUGAAGUGAGUGUUCCAGUUUUCAAACGUUUUUGGGAAGCUGUGCCUUGGUUUUCGAACGUUUUGGAAAUUUAAUGGACUUCCGGAACAGAUUACGUUCGAGAACCAAGGUACGACUGUAUAUGUUAAGGAUAGACAAUACGUUAAGGAAUUUAACAAUAAAGAAUAGAAUGUUUUGAAAACUGAAGUACGGUACCAGUAUUUUUAUGUCAACACCAAAUUAAACAUGUAUUAACAAUUCCUGUUAAAAAUGUGGUAUUAACAAUGUGUCACUUAUGUGAAUUGUGUAUUAGUUCAUGCUUAUCAAAAUACUGUAGUAAAUAAAAAGUGUUGCCAAUUGCCUCCCCCCCAAAUGGCCCCAGGUCCCAAAAGCCACUUGACUCCUAGCUUUUCUAUCACAGUUUCUAUCACUAACUCCUUAGCUAUGCAGAACCCAGGGCAUCUGGAGAUAGAAAGAUGUGCUCCACUUGUCCUUCUUUGUCUGCUUUCAAUGGGUCUUGUACAGGGGAGAUUCUUGGUGGAUUUUGUCUUGUGUUAGUGUGUGUGGAGGGGAGGGGGGCAGUUUCUACUUCCAGACUCCAAAAUGUUAUGGGUUAGACCUAUGAGUAAGGCUGGCAAGGGGACACACUCAUGUGGGCAUCUGGGCAGAGCUACAUGACUGGCACCUCAUAACGGACAGGCCUACACCUGCAAGCUCACUAACCUGGUGAAAUUUAGGCAGUGAGCCAAAUGGAUAGAUCAGCGUAUGGCAGAUAAGCCUCGUUGCUGUUAUGCAAUCCCUAAGUACACAUCUCUUCCUUCCUGCCCUGACAGGCUCUGCGUCGUUUAACCUAGCGCUUUCUGAGUUGGUUAGCCUGUGUCUGGGCUACGUCAUUUCAGGAUCAAUUUGACACAGUUGAGCGCCACACUCAAUGGGGCCUGGACCUGAUGGACAAAUACGUCAAGUUUGUGAAAGAGCGGACCGAGAUCGAGCAGGCGUAUGCAAAGCAGCUGAGGAAUCUUGUGAAGAAGCAUCUUCCCAAGAGGACUACGCGAGAAGACCCAGAAUCAAAGUUCUGCCAAUAUCAGGCCUUCCUUCAGGUGGUGAAGGAGCUGAACGACUUUGCAGGCCAGCGUGAGCUGGUAGCUGAGAACCUUCUAACGCGGAUUUGUGUGGAGGUUGCCAAGUACUCCCAGGAGCUCAAGCAGGAGAGGAAGUCGCACUUGCAAGAAGGCCGAAAGGCUCAGCAGCAGCUGGAGAACUCCUUCAAGCAACUUGAAAAUAGCAAGCGCAAGUUUGAGCGAGACUGCCGAGAGGCUGAGAAAGCUGUGCUGACUGCCGAGAAACUGGACCAGGACAUCAAUGCUACCAAGGCAGAUGUGGAGAAGGCAAAGCAGCAGGCAAACCUGAGGAGUCAUAUGGCUGAGGAGAGCAAGAAUGAAUAUGCUUCAUAUCUACAGAAGUUUAACCACAACCAGAGCCAGUUCUACUUUUUGGAGAUGCCACAAAUCUUCAAUAAGCUGCAAGAGAUGGACGAGCGACGGACACUGCGCCUCAAGGAAGGCUACUGCGUUUUUUCAGAGACAGAGCAGCAAGUUAUGCCCAUCAUUGGCAAGUGCCUGGAGGGCAUGAAAGCAGCAGCAGAUGUGGUGGAUGAGAAGAACGAUUCCCAGAUGCUGAUUGAACUGCACAAAUCGGGCUUUGAGAGGCCAGGAGACAUGGAUUUUGAAGACUUCAGCCAACCCAUCAAUCGUACCUCAUCAGACAGCAGCCUUGGCACCCCCCGCGGCACCCUCGAUGGUCGCCUGGACCCCCGCCUGCUGGUCAAGAGCAAGGGGAAGCGCUGGCCCUUCAGCAGGAAGAGCAAGCUUCCACCCCCUCCCCUCUCUCCCUUAAGUUGCCCUUCCUCCUCCACUUCUUCCCCUUCCUCAUCUGCCAUCAAUGGACCUCCAUCCCCCAAAUUCACCCGUGACCCCCUGUCUUACUGUUUGAACGAGAUCAAUAAGACAGUCAAACCCCGCAUCACGUCCUUCCGCAGCCUCAAACGGGGGACUGUGAUCACGGAGGACUUUAGCCACCUGCCUCCAGAACAGAGGAGAAAAAAGCUCCAGCAGAAGAUUGAACAAAGGAAUCGGGAGCUGCAGAAAGAACUAGAUCAGAGGGAUGCCUUAAAUAAGAUGAAGGAUGUUUACCAGAAGACGCCGCAGAUGGGAGACCCUAAUAGUCUUGAGCCAAAGAUCUCUGAGACUCUGGGCAACAUUGAGAAGUUGCGACUAGAAGUCCAGAAAUGUGAAGCUUGGUUGGCAGAUGCAGAGAGCAGGAUGUUGAGCAACCGACCGGAUAGCGUCACACGCUACAACCGCCACUUGGAUCAUGCAAGCGCCUUGAACAACAACAAUUGCUCACAUGACAAAGACAGCCUCAACACUACCCACUCCGAUGAGAACCAGGACGCACUCAACCAGCCCAUCUACACCGAGUUUGAUGACGACUUUGAGGAGGAGUUGACGUCUCCCAUAGGCACCUGUGUGGCUCUCUAUCAGUUUGAAGGUUCCAGUGAAGGUACGAUCUCCAUGCUGGAGGGCGAAGAACUCGGCUUGAUGGAGGAGGACAAGGGCGAUGGAUGGACCCGUGUGCGGCGAAGCAAAGGGGGCGAGGGGUACGUCCCCACUUCCUACCUGCGGGUCAACCUAAACUGAGUGCCGAGUUGGCCGUGGUACGAGGCCUGCGGCUUGGAGACUUCCGAGUCAACAGCAGGGCGCGAGUGGAAGAGAGGUGCAGUGUUUCAGCUGACUGGGGGAACGACGGUGUGAUGCCCGCUGUGGGUGACCCCCGUCCAAGAAGGAAGGACACACCAAAUCACCACUGCAGAAACUAGGGGAGGCGACUUGCUUGCCUGAAGAGAAGAAAUGAUGGCUGCAACCUGCUCAAGAUCUUGGAUAAGAGCCAUGGGGGAGGAGGGGGGGAAUUGGUCUCCAUGCUGAUGAUGUGCCCCCAACCAGUAAUUCCCCUUCCCUCCCUCCCUCCCCACCCACCAUGCCUUUGGAGGCAAGCCUAGCUACACUAGAUCCCUUGCAAAAUGUUCUCUAGCAGGAACGGAUCAAAACGUGUCGCUUGCUUCCUCCUUUAGCAUCGGUUGCAGUUUUGCAUCAAGGAAGGGGAUUCCUCGCUUCCCGCCUCUAGCCUGGGUGGGUCACCCGUAGCGUGCGCGCAAUUGGCGUGGCAUGCCUGGGGGGCAUUGCUUCCUCUCUCCCAGCUGCCCUGGGCAAAAUGCCUUCUCAUGGGGGCGAGGUGGCAGCCGUCCCCUCAGUAGGGCUGGUCGGAGCAGAGCUCUCUUUAAGGAAUCAGUAGCUGCUUUGCACUGCAAGUCAGUAGACUCUGUGUGUUUGUGUGUAUGCAUGUGUACCAGUGAGAAGGGAGCCGGAUUGAAAGGAAGCCUUUAACUUGCACCCUCAUGCCACUGUGCCUGCCAUUGGCUUUCUGGGGUAGGGUGGAGGGAGAACCGGGUUGUGAAUAGCUGCUUGGCAAGGCAGUCGGCUGCUAUUGCUACUACCACCUGUGCUCAGAGGGCAGGCCAAAUGCCACAGCGGCAUCAAACCACACCCAGCUCCUCUUUCCUUGAAAUGCACUUUAUUUUUCCUGGAUUGAUUGGCCUGGCCCCUUCAGCCAUUCAGAAGUGCCUACUCCCUGGAGUCACUACCCUGAAACCCCAAGCCUUUGCCACUGGGGACAGCCAUCAAUUACUUCCUGCCCCCCAGAUCUGUGGACUUUCGUGUGGCUUUGUUUUGUUUCCUUAAAAACAAAAAGAGGACUCUUAACAUAUUAGCCUUUUUAUACAGUGACCAAUUUAUUUUACCACUCAGUUUAGCUUCUUACUCACAUAAUCGGUAAAACGUCCCUGGCUCUUAACCCUGGUUCUCCCAUAAAGCAUGGAGGGGGGGGGAAGGGGAUUUUUUUGGGGGGUGGGGCCGAGCCACAGUCUCUCUCUCGAGAUGUAGAAUGUAUUUGCUGGUGCCUUUUUACACUUUAUGUAAAUAGCAGACAAAAUUUAGCUUGUGCAGUUGACUGUUUCUCUGGCCUCCCAAGUGCGGGUUUUUUAAGAAGUUUAUAAAAAUGCUAGAUGGC